CAAGCUCGAGCCCGAAUUAAUAAAAAACGUCAAAAAGAGGAACAAAGCGCAAUCUUAUCAGAAGGACGUAACUCAGCAGUAUUAAUUCAUGAUAUCGUACUACCAUCGAGGUCAAACAUUAUUUUUAAUCCAAACCGG